UGUUCACCACGACCACGGCGCUGGACUUCACCACCAUAGCGGCGCGCCUCAGAGAGCUCGCCUUCCUCAACCCGCAGGUGGUGAUUCACCUGAAGGAGGAGGGGGGGCGGUCAGCGGACUUCCACUUUGCGGGUGGGCUGCUGGAGUUCGUGCGCUGGCUCAACAGCGAGAAGACGCCAAUGCACGAGGCACAGUGGGUGGAGGAGGAGAGGGAUGGCGUGGGCGUGGCGGUGGCGUGGCAGUGGAGCGGGGACGCAUACAGCGACAGCGUGGUGGGGUAUGCCAACAGCAUCCGCACCUCCGAUGGCGGCACUCACAUCGACGGCGCCAAGGCCGCCUUCACCCGCACCCUCAACGCUGCCGCCAGGAAGCAACGCCUGCUCAAGGAGAAGGAGGAGAACCUGGCAGGCGAGCACCUGAGGGAGGGGCUCACGUGUGUGGUGGCCGUUAAAGUGGCCAACCCCGAGUUCGAAGGCCAGACAAAGACGCGGCUGGGCAAUCCAGGGGUGAGGAAGGUGGUGGACGGGGUGGUGAGCGACGCGCUGGCAGCGUUCCUGGACGCCAACCCGGCAGCGUGUGAAGCCAUUCUUAGCAAGGCACUCGACGCCUACAAGGCUGCCGAAGCAGCGAAGAAAGCUCGGGAGCUGGUUCGGCGGAAGAGUGUGUUGAAGUCGGCCAUGCUGCCGGGCAAGCUGGCGGACUGCUCGUGUGAAGACCCCGCCAAGUCAGAGGUGUUCAUCGUGGAGGGGGACUCGGCUGGUGGCAGCACCAAGCAGGGCCGCGACAGACGCCUUCAGGCGGUGCUGCCCCUGCGCGGCAAGAUCCUGAACGUGGAGCGCAAGGACGAUGCGGCCAUCUACAAGAACCAGGAGCUGCAGAACCUCAUCCUCGGCCUCGGCCUCGGGCUAAGGGGCGAGGAGUUUGAUCAGAAGGCGCUGCGCUACCAUCGCAUCAUUCUGCUCACGGAUGCCGACGUGGACGGCGCUCACAUUCGCACACUGCUUCUCACCUUCCUCUUCCGCUACAAGAGAGCGCUCUUUGAGAACGGCCAUGUCUACGUCGGUGUUCCCCCGCUUUACAAGGUGGAGGUGGGGCGGCAAGCGCCAGUGUACUGCUACAGCGAGGCAGAGCUGCAGGCGCACCUGCGCUCGCUGCCCGCAUCUGCGUCCCCAACCAUCCAGCGCUUCAAAGGGCUGGGCGAGAUGAUGCCGACACAGCUGUGGGAGACGACGCUGGACCCCAGCCAGAGGCGGCUGAAGCUCAUCACUGUGGACGAGGCGGCACAGGCCAGUGUCACACUCUCCGUGCUCAUGGGGGAUAAGGUGGGGCCGCGCAAGGAGUUGAUUCAGACAGUGGGAAGCAGGAUGGCAGCAGCUGGCAUGCUCGACAUCUAG